GUGACGCCACUCCGCCCCUCCCCUGUAGUCACGUGACGGUGGCGGGUGGAGUUCCUCGUCGGUGCUGAGGGUUCGGCCCGGUGUGACAACAUGAGUUUUCUAAGCGGUUUGUUUGGUCCAAUUUGUGAGAUUGAAGUUGUUUUGAACGAUGCAGAAACCAGGAAGCUAUCGGAGAUCAAAACCGAAGAUGGCAAGAUAGAAAAACACUUCUUGUUCUACGAUGGGGAAUCUGUGGCUGGAAAGGUAAACGUUGUCUUCAAGCAGCCUGGUAAAAGACUAGAACAUCAAGGAGUUCGAAUUGAGUUUGUUGGACAAAUUGAACUUUUCAAUGACAAAAGCAACACACAUGAAUUUGUGAACUUGGUUAAAGAAUUGGCCCUACCGGGAGAACUGACACAGAGCAGAAGUUAUGAUUUUGAGUUCAUGCAAGUCGAGAAGCCUUAUGAAUCCUACAUUGGUGCAAAUGUUAGGUUAAGGUAUUUUCUCAAAGUGACGAUAGUGAGACGCCUUACAGACCUGGUAAAGGAGUAUGACCUAAUUGUUCACCAGCUUGCAACGUACCCAGACGUCAACAACUCCAUCAAAAUGGAAGUGGGAAUAGAAGACUGUUUGCAUAUAGAAUUUGAAUACAACAAAUCCAAGUACCACUUAAAAGAUGUAAUUGUUGGGAAAAUUUACUUCCUUUUGGUCAGAAUAAAAAUCCAGCACAUGGAAUUGCAGUUGAUAAAGAAGGAAAUCACAGGAAUAGGCCCUAGUACUACAACAGAGACUGAAACUGUGGCAAAGUAUGAGAUUAUGGAUGGAGCACCAGUCAAAGGGGAAUCUAUUCCUAUUCGACUCUUUCUCGCUGGGUAUGAUCCUACACCCACUAUGAGGGAUGUAAACAAAAAGUUUUCAGUGAGAUACUUCCUGAACUUAGUACUUGUUGAUGAGGAAGACAGAAGAUACUUCAAACAGCAGGAGAUCGUUUUAUGGAGAAAAGCACCUGAGAAGAUAAGGAAAAGAACCAAUUUUCACCAACGAUAUGAGCCAUCAGAUCAACAAGCAUCAGCUGAAGAGCCAGAGAUAUAACACUUUCUAUUCCACAUGAAAUGAAGGAUUGCAACGGAUACAAGGAAGUAAAACCUUCCGCCAUAACGUCUUCCUUCAUUCCAGCACUGCUGCAUUUAAUGUACCACACUAAACAUUCUGCAGGUCUGUAUGUAAUUCCACUUGUACAUAUAUAAAUAGCAAGUGCUUUUGCCGGAAAACACUGGACCUUUCUCAGACUAGCAUUUUAUAGAUUUCAUUUAAUUUUUAAUUUUGAGAUUUUGCAUUGGAACAUGCAGCAAGCUAAAAACAAGUGCUUCAUGUAUUACGGUCAUGCAUGUAGGCUGGUAAAAAAAAAUAAUUAAAGAAAGGAACAGAUGGCCUUAUUGUCCCUGUCUCUCAUGUACACUUAUUGCAUUGUUUAUCUGGAAUCAAUUUAUACUUGUUUUGAACAAGCAGAGCAUUAGUGUGAAUCUACACCAAAUCCAUAGAAUUCUAUUUGACAAAAAGGAAAAGCUUUAUUAAACAUUUUGAAGACAUCCUGAGUAUGCGUCACUUUUAUUCUGUACUACUUACCCAAUUAAUGUAUGUAGAAACUUUAUUUUUUGUUCUUCGUGAAAUAAUCAGCCUUUUUUUUUGUUUUGUUUUUCAUCCUAACAAAUUGCAUCUCUUACUUUUUCGUUUAAUCUUAAAAUGUUAUAUCUAAAAUACUAGAAUUGGUUAAUAUUUAUCACUCUACUGUACCCUUAAUUACAGUAUUUUUGCCUUCCUUUAAUAUAUGGUAAUGAAAUCAAAAAAACAAAUCUCAUGCAAAGUGUAUAUAAAUUUGCUUUAUUAUAUUGUACAAGUAUUUUAUAUCAAUGUUUUGGGGCAAAAUACAGAUGAAAAAUAAAAUCUUACAAACACCA